AUGUCAAAUUGCCGUAAAUUCUCCCUGAUGAGAAGACCGGAAGUCAUUGCUCUAAAAUAUCACAGUUUUGAUCCGCUUUAUUACGUCAACAGUCUUGGGAAAAAGCGGGCCUGGGUGAGUGGAAAUACGUCAUCCUUUACAUUAGUGGAAAUUGGUGGAAAUUCUGAUCUGAAGGUACUCAAAACUGUCCAGACCGCGUACCCCCCUACAGCUCUGACGGGGACCAGUUUCGGGGAUCUUUUCUACACAGAUUAUGAAAAUAACAGCGUAAAUCUGUACCAGACGGAAGCAGACCAAGUAAAGGUCGUGUUCUGCGAGAGGGAGUGGUGUCCAUCGGGUAUCUGUUAUACUUCCGGUGGAGACGUUUGGGUGGCGAUUUAUAACGGCCCUACGAAACAAUUCAAAAUCGUGUGCUUCAGUUACUCUAAAGGAACAUUAACGCAGAAACGUACGAUCCCGAGGUCUGGACAAAGCAAUCCGUUCAGGGGAGACGGUGAUCGGACUUCUCUUCAAGUUUGUGUCAAUCGGAACGGCGAUGUUUGCGUGGUGGACAGCAAUGCUAAAGAUCUCCUCGUUUUCAACAAAGCUGGGGAUGUAAAAUCUAAGUACAGCCACCGCAGAACUAUCCACAUCACUUUUGACCGCAGCUGUAUCGCAACAGACAGUCAGUCCCACAUCCUGGUGUCUGACCCUAACGAGGAAGGCGCCUACGGCAAAAUCCACAUUCUGGACCAAAAUGCAAAUCACCGAUUUGCCAUAUUAAAUUGCUACCUUCGGAACCCCUUGGGUAUAAGUGUUAACAGUGAUGACAGACUAUGGGUGGUGGAGGAGGGUUCUAAGACUCUCAAACUCAUUCAGUAUAUGCAGGCUAAAGCACCAACCGUCGUCCAUUAA